AUGAAUAUUAUGAAUUCAAGAUCAACAGAUAGAAAAUCACAAAUAACAUGUCCAGGCAACAGUCUCUUGAGGAAGCAAUUUCCUGGAAUUAGUACUAAUACUUUACCCUAUUUUAACUCCCGGAGUGGUUUUCACACAACACACUCUGAGAACAGUCCUGUUAAACCAAGAAUUGUGACUGUAGUAAAACCAGGAAGUCCACCUUUAAGAAAAAUCACCUUACUUCUUAACAAGAGGGCUGUUCAGACAUUUGAACAACUUGUUGCUGACAUAUCGGAGGCACUGGGAUUGCCAAGAUGGAAAAAUGACCGUGUAAGGAAACUGUACAGCCUUAGUGGUAAGGAAAUACGAAGUAUCUCUGAUUUUUUUCGUGGGGAUGAUGUUUUCAUAGCCAUUGGUAGAAAACAACUUACAAUGAAAAACAUUGAAAUAGUUUUUAAUGAACUUUAUCCUGAUAAGCCAUUCCAGCAUUAUGAAAAUUUAAACUGCAAACUAAGAGGUAAAGGGUUAAAUAGAGGUAGCAGCUAUAAGGAUAUAGACAUUGUCAACAACCGCAGUGAUAACAUCUGUAUCCAAAAAUUAGUGAGAACAAAUGGGAUCAUAAACACCAAAUGCGAAGAAGAAGAAAGAAGACCAUAUAAAUAUGAUAGUGAAACAUCUCGGAAUGACAAGGAAAAGACACUUGGACUAAUAAAAAAUUCAGAACCAUGCAAACAAAAAAUGUUACAACGUAAGACAUCAAAUUCAAGUUUAAAUUACAAAAAUAGUUGUGAACAAUGUAAGAAAAUUAAAUGUAUACAAAAACUUCACAGUGAUAUUGAAAAUGAGAUAUCAUGUGCAGAUUCCAGACAUCUUCCAGAUAAAGAGGGGACAUCAAAAUGCCAUAGGAAGUCCUUAAUAAGGAAUUCCCAAGCAACUAAAAAGGCAGAUGGAAAUGUGGAUAAAUAUAUGAAACCAAAUAGGAAAAAUUCUAGAGUGGACAGUAAAUCUGAGGAAACACUUAAGAGUGACUAUUUAAAGACUCAGUGUUCCACAGUGAAGAAAAACAGUUGCAAAGUAGGUGAUCACUCAUCUGAGAAAUCUACUAUAGAUGAUUUUUUAGAACGACCAAAGAAGAGCAUGAAAAGCUUGAAAGAAAAUAUGAGAAUAGUGAAAAAUAGCUUAAGUAAUGAGAUAGAAAUAAUGGAGAAAAGGGAUUCAACAACAACAAAAUGUAGAGAUAGGACACCAGAACUGAAGAAAAAAGAAAAUGGCAUACUCAGUUUAAGGAGACCGUGUUGUAUCAAAAACAAAGGAGAUAUAGAAUAUUUUUAUGAAAUUGGCAAAAUUAUUGGAGAUGGAAACUUUGCCACCGUCAAGAUGUGUAAACUCCGCAACAUACAUGAGGAAUAUGCCAUGAAGAUUAUUGAUAAAUCUAAACAUAUGGGAAAAGAAAUUGUUAUCGCAAAUGAAGUGAGAAUAAUGAAAUGCCUUUCACAUCCCAACAUAGUAAAACUUUUGGAUAAUUAUGAAACUGAUGCUGAGAUUUACUUGAUACUGGAGUAUGUCAAUGGAGGUGACCUUUUUGAUGCCGUUAUUGAGAAUAUUAAAUUCACUGAAACUGAUGCGGCCUUCAUGUUAACUGAUGUGUGUGAAGCCCUGGUAUAUAUUCACAACAAGAAUAUUGUCCAUAGAGACCUGAAGCCUGAAAACCUUCUGGUGCAGAACAAUCCUGAUGGAUCAAAAACCCUGAAGGUAGCAGAUUUUGGACUUGCUGCCUAUGUUACGGGGCCUAUUUUCACAGUAUGCGGAACACCUACUUAUGUGUCCCCUGAAAUUAUAUCAGAAAAAGGAUACGGAUUAGAGGUGGAUAUGUGGGCUACAGGAGUCAUUUUGUACAUCAUUCUCUGUGGUUAUGCACCCUUCAGAAGUAAGGACCAUAAACAGGAGGAACUCUUCAAAAAAAUACAGCAAGGAGAAUAUAAAUUCCAUUCACAGUAUUGGGAUAAUAUCUCAGAAGAAGCUAAAGACCUGAUCCGUAGGCUGUUGGUACUGGAUCCCAAAGAGCGGCUGUCUGCAGGAAGUGUUCUACAACAUGACUGGAUCAGAAUGAAUAGAAAAGUAGACUAAUAAGACUUGCAAAAAAAAGAGACCAUUAACACUUGGAACAAA